CAGUUAUACAAACCAUCCCACAGUGUCAUGUCCCUCAGCACAGUUUGCCCAUUUUCUUCCAAAGUAAUACAGUACAGUAUCGUUAACAAUCCAACCUAUGUAAUGUAUUGAUUUGUGGUAGGCCGUAUUGGCGGUCAAAAAGGACAAGACAAAAGGACGAUACCAUCGACACUUUUAGCAGAUUUGGAUUGGGUUUAAAUGCUGCGUUAGCUAGCUUGUAGCGAACCUAACGUUUUGCCGACUUGUUCUGGAAAACCUCUUGGAUGAAUCACCGUGUCUACUGCUGUAUUUGCACAGUACAGGACCUUAACUCACCAUGCACCCUGACCUGUCACCUCACCUACACACAGAUGAGUGUAAUGAGCUAAUAAACCGCCUGAAACAGUGUCACUCUGAGCAUAAUUUCCUGAAGUUCUUUGGGACGUGUAACGACGUUGACCGCGCCAUGCGUCACUGCCUGAAGAAUGAGAGACUGGAAAAGCGGGAGCGUAGCAAACAGCAUGCACAAGCCAUGAAAAAGAGGCUCAAAGAAGGACCCAAGGAAAAAAAAAAGAAAGACAUUUAAAUUACAAGCUUGCAUCCAAGUGUCCAGAUGAGAUGCCGAACUAAGCAUGUCUCGCUGCUUUGGUGGUUAAAAUCAUAUAAAUGUCUGAAUGUUGAUGACUUUGUGGCAGAGGGCGGCACAUGACAGUAUCUUAACGUUUGGUGAUGUACAAUGACCUCCAAAAGUAUUGGAACAGCAAAGUCAGUUCCUUUGUGUUUGUUGUAUACUGAAAAC